GUCCGAGAGCAGUCAUUAGUUGUGACACUGCAACAACAGGGUGAUAAACACUGAGCCAGGUAUGGAGGUAUUCAUACAAUGAGGUGACGCUUACGAAAGGUCAAACACAUUGGUCUUCUUUGCAGGCUGUGAAAUUGUGCCAGUCAUGCCUUUUUUGGAAUUCAUAGCUGGGAGCAUUUCAGGUGCAGUGGGACUGGCAGUUGGACACCCAUUAGACACAGUGAAGGUGCGCCUGCAGGCCCAGUCUGUGUAUAAAGGGAUUUUUCACUGUGUGGCUAAAACAUACUCUCAUGAAGGGCUCCAUGGAUUCUUCAAGGGCAUGGCAUUUCCAGUGAUGACCACGGGCAUCGUCAACUCUUUUGUCUUUGGCUCUUACAGUAAUGCCUUAGAUUACCUCACUCAGUCUCAGCGCAGUGACCGCAGUCAAGGUAAGCCGGCCUCUGCUGCACAGGUCUUCACUGCCGGCUGCUUCUCAGGCCUGGUGCAGGUGUUUAUUUGUGCACCCAUCGACCUGGUGAAGGUGCGACUGCAGGGUCAAGCAACAGCCAAGCGAUACCGAGGACCGAUUCAUUGUGUUGCCGUCAUCCUGAAGGAGGAAGGGCCCAGGGGUCUGUUCAGAGGAGGGCUGGCCCUCGCCCUGAGGGACGUACCCUGCUAUGGACUCUACUUCUUGCCUUACGAAGUCACUCGAAAGGCUCUGACCGAGACUGGCAAAGAGCCAGGUACGUUUGCAAUAUUGAUGGCCGGUGGAUUAGCGGGCGUGGUGACCUGGGCUUUUGCAACGCCCAUGGACGUGGUGAAAGCUCGUCUGCAGAUGUCGGGGGCCGGCGGCCGGGAGUACAGCGGGGUACUCCACUGCAUGAGAGUGAGCGUCAGAGAGGAGGGAGUGAGGGUCUUUUUCAAAGGCCUCCUACUGAACAGCCUGAGGGCCUUCCCUGUCAACGCCGUCACCUUCCUCAGUUACGAGAGUCUGAUGAGGGCUUUCUGUCCACCAGUGAGAUGACCGCCUCGCUCUCGACAGUGUGCGAUACACUCCUUGCCUCGCACAUUCACAGUUCUUCCUGUGAUUUUACUAUACACACACACAACUUGACUGUAGGUCAGAUAUUCUCAGGUUUGUUUAACAUUAUCAGUUGAAACAGACUGUUUGUUUUAACACGAUGAGCCUGAAAUGCUGUUUUAAACCUUUUAAAGUCUACGUGGAAUAGGUCAACUCUCAUCCAGCCAGUGUCAGAAACCUUAACACACUUCAAUUUAUGAUACACUUUUGAUUAAUUAGUCUCCUGUGACUUGAACCACUUUUGAUGGAAGACAUGAAGGUUAAGCUGCUCAUUUUUACUGGAAGUCAAAUCCAGUUAACACAAAAUGUGAAUGUAAACGUUAUAACUUUGUUGCAUAUGGACACAUAUUUUACUAUAGUUUGUUUUUUUAUUUCAAAGCAUUUUAUUCUUGUCAACUGGACACAAAAAGUGAAAAUGAUUUCCUAAUAAAUAUACA